GCCACGGAAUAGAGAACGAACAAUGGAGAGCGUUGAAAGUAGUCAAUCCCCAGAGGCAGCUUUGCGGCCUAGAAGGCGGGUAAAGCAGGCUUGUACGGAGUGUAGACAGCAAAAGGCGCGCUGCGAUGGUUAUCUUAGCCAGCCAUGCUCAAGAUGCAGGAAACUGGCGGUAAGAUGUGUCAUGUCCGAUCCAUUCAAGCGGGAGAACAAAAGACAGAAGAUUGCACAACUUGAGGAAGAGGCUCGCAGACUUCGGCAAAGACUUGCAUUUGAAAGUGGCGAAAGCACAACUCAAAGGAAUGAGACCAAACGUCAGACCUCAGCCUUUGAUAUACUGACGGCUGCUGCGGCUGGAUUUGGAGGCGAUCUCCAGUCAAGAGAGGCUGUCAGCUCAGGAGAGCCCUCUGGGCAUCCAAUUCAUGGAGAAUCUGCAGUCUCUCCGGCUUAUAAAGUUUCUGAAGCCUCCAACUGUCGAGUUCAGAGCCAAACUCGACAAGGAGAAGUUUCCGCGGUUUCUACGCUGCCCCGCUCACUUGACAGUAUAACUCUGAGCACGAAAGCUAUUGACGAGUUAUUUUACCUUUACUUUCAUUAUCUUUCUCAUUAUAUUCCAAUUUUGGACUCCUCAGUUUCGCCUAACACCUACUACUCAGAAUCACCUUUUCUUUUCUGGGUGAUUAUUGCGGUCGCAUCAAGGAUGUACAAUGCUGACAGCAAUUUGUUACAUGCUCUUGCCCCAAAAGUUCUUGACAUGGCGGCGAUGUUGAUCAAGUCUCGAAAGGCCGCACUUCAUACCAUUCGUGGUCUCCUGCUUCUUUUAACUUGGCCGAUGCCCAAAGGCGCUCAGAAUGAUGAAGCUUCUUUCCCACUAGUAGGGGCUCUCUGGCAUAUGGCAAUGCACAAUGGCUUGCACAUGCCUUUCUCGUCUCACGACCCCAGAAUCAAGUUAGGUGAGGCUGAGCUUAAGCAACGUGCAGAGCUGUGGAUAUUUUGUACGAUCACAUAUCAGCGCUCAUGCAGCUUGGUCGGCCAAUCACCGGUGCUUCCUAACUCACGGAAACAAAAGGCCCUAGUCGCAUAUCUACCGGCGCCCCUGAAGCUUCUUUGGAAAUUACAUAGUAUUUACACAUCAUGCUGUGCUGCUCUACUUGAAAAUGGUUUAGAAGAUAUGACAGGAGAUCAAGAGCGAGCAAUGGAUAUUAUACUCCGAAUAUUUGAGAGUCAAAUCACAGAUACGGAAGAUGAGAUAUCAUCAGAUAUGGACCGAGUAUAUUACGAUAUAGCCCUGCUCACCGUCCAAGUCUUUCACUUCUUUAAAAAUCCACCCGAAACUACCCAAUCACCGCCAAUACCACUCAUCAGCCUGUUCAACACCUCCUGCCGUCUGAUAGAUGAUAUUUCGUCUAUUGAUCAGGAAAAUAUCUUCAUCCCUAAAACAAUGACGCAGUACUUCCGUCUAGCAAUAAUCACCGCAGCAUGCAGCUUGCUAAGAAUUGUUCGCGGAGUUUCUGCACAUUUCUUUGACACCGACGCUGCAAGAACAUACGUCUUCAAAGUAGUCGACUUGCUUAAAUCGGCUUCAAGCGCAAGCGAAGACAGUUAUCGCUAUUCAAUCUCAUUGUCACAGUUGUGGAAUAGUCAAAAGGCGUUCAAAAAGCCUGAUGGCUCGCCAUAUACCACGCUCAGAAUCCGAGCCCGUCUGGCACUGAGUCCAGUAUAUGAUGCAGUUUGGUGGUGGAGAGAGGAAUUUGGAAGGCCCGCUGGCGACACCGGAAUCUAUCUGCGUAACGAUGCACCUUCGCCGGGUUCUACGGCGGGACGCCCAAAUGCUCUACAACUCAUGGGGUCGCCUUCCAUUCAUUCUGCAUCAUAUCUCGAGCCACAAACAUUCUCAGCAUUAUCUGCCAAUGACCCUUUCCUCUCAGACUUUGGUUUUGGCCCAUAUGAUUUCGCAUUUGACAGUGCAGCUUUUUUCCCGCUCGACAUGCCGUAUGAGCUCACGUCAGGACCUUUUCCAUUAGACGCCAACGGCGUGGCCAUGUGA